AAUACGGAAUUGAUUAUAAUAUAGCGAUCGGAAAUCAUCCGGAUUCGAGAACAUUACAGUCGUGUGGAAAUGAACGGCCGAGUACGAGCGGGACGAAAAGAAAUUAUAAUACGGUUAGUAGUGUACGAAUUAAACAGCUGGAUUAGAUCAAAUUUCAUCAUCGACUUUUCAAUUAAUAGGCACCUCGUUAGACAAUAUCUUUUGGUUUUAUAAAAAAAAUGUGGAAAAAAUUGACGGUUAUAAAUCAUUUUUAUUUCAAAUAAAAAACGAAUUAAUAAAUAAAUUAUACGAGUGUUUGGAAAACUUUGGUCCGAUCAAAUUCAAUUUAAAAUUGGAAGCCACUUACAAUGUACCGAAUCAGUGUGACACGAACGAGAAUCGAUCUUUUAAAACUAGCGCCGUGGAAUUAUUUGCCUGUAGUGAUAUCAGUACGAUUGUCGAUAACGCGUUUGAAAAAUUAAUCGAAGAAGAGGAGAAUUACGCGGGCAAGGGGAGCAAUUUUUCGUUUUUAUGUAUAGACGGGAUACUUCUCGGCGUUUACAAAUAUUCUCCGUUGUCGGCAAACUCUUUUAUUGAAUUACCGAAAGAUAUUAAAAAUAAGUGCGCUGUUAUAAAUCCGCAAAAUAUCGAUUCUUUUUGCUUUAAAUGGGCGAUAUUGGCUAAAAAAAUGAGAGGAAAAAAUAAUGCUAAUAUUGUCGGACAUAAUUACAAGUCAUUAAAACACGAUUAUAAUUUUUCCGGACUAACAUUCCCCACGCCUAUUGACGAAAUAAAAACGUUUGAAAAAAAUAACGAAAACACAUCGGUUAAUGUGUACGGAUUGAGUAGUAAAAAACGAAAUGGCGAUGAGGAGAGAAACGGUAUGUCGCAUUUAGUUUAUCCGUUGAGGGUGGUUACCGAGGAAAAAUCGGAUCAUUUCGAUUUACUAUUGGUGUCCAACAGUACCGGCGGUAAUCAUUACGCGUACAUAACAGAUUUUGGGCGUUUAGUACAGAGCCAGAUGACUAAAAAUACAUCUAAAAUGGUGUUUUGCAAAAGAUGUUUUUUGGGUUUUAAUUUCAUUCGUAAAAAAUAUAAACUUUCCGGUUUUGAAGCAUUAAAAGAACAUAAAAAAAUCUGCGGAGAAAAUAAAUCAUUUUUACCCAUCAUGCCGGAGGAGGGAACUACAUUACAAUUUGAAGCAUUCGAAAAAAUGCAGGAACAUCCUUUUUCAAUUUACUGCGAUUUUGAAUCGUUAUUAGAACGAGUAGACAAAAAAAUGGGUGAUAAUACCCGCGCCAUUCAAGAACACAAACCGAUGAGCUAUUGUUUUCUAAUAAAAGCGGCUGACAGUGUGCCCGUAGAAUUAUUGAAUCGCUUUGAUAUCAGCACAGAACCGAAAAUAUACAGAGGCAACAGCGGGUCGAAUGAUGUUGCCGCUCGGUUUGUGAAAGAAGUGUGCGAAGAAGCGCUAAAAAUCGAAGCGCUGUUGAAAACAAAUGUCGGUAUCGUCAUGACCGACGAAGAAACGGCGGUACACGCAAUGAAAACAAAUUGCGAUCUGUGUAAAAUGGAAUUCAGCGAUGAGAAUUACAAAGUGGCCGAUCACAAUCACUUGAGCGGUAAAUAUAGACAUACUUUAUGCAAUAAUUGUAAUCUUAAAUUAAAAACACCUACAUUCGUACCGUGUUUUUUUCACGGGUUAAGCAACUACGACGCUCAUUUUCUCGUGCGAGAAUUAAGUUUUUCAAAAGGACGAAUUUCUCUAAUACCGUCUACCGAAGAAAAAUAUAUAAGUUUUUCAAAAUAUGUUUCCAACACGUUCACUGUGAGAUUCGUCGACACGUAUAGGUUCAUGGGCACCAGUUUGGCCACACUUGCAAACAAUUUACGCGCUGCCGGUAAACAUCUAUUCGAGGAAACGGCAAAAGUAUUUUCGGCAGAGAAUAUCGAUUUGGUCACACGCAAAGGUGUUUACCCGUAUUCCUUUACGAGUAAUUACGAUGUGCUGGAAACUACUGAAUUGCCGAGUAAAAAAGACUUUUAUAAUGAAUUGACCGAAUCGCACAUUAGCGAUGAAGAUUAUGUACACGCGCAAACCGUAUGGAAACAUUUUAAUUGUAAAAAUUUGGGGGAAUAUUCGGAUCUGUAUUUGAAAACCGAUGUCACUAUACUGGCGGAUGUAUUUUCGAAUUUCAAAAAGUUAUGUUUGAAAAAGUAUAGAUUGGAACCGUCGUAUUACUAUACGAGUCCCGGUUUAUCUUUCGACGCGAUGUUGCUACACACGGCUGUAAAAUUAGAGCUCAUAUCGGACUACGAAAAACAAAUUUUCAUUUCAAGAGGAAUAAGGGGAGGUAUGACAAAUUCUAUACUUAAAUACGCUCAAGCGAAUAAUUUAAAAACGCCUAAUUAUGACGCCGAAAAGCCCAAGUCCGAAAUUAUUUAUUUAGACGUAAACAAUUUGUACGGUUGGAGUAUGUCGCAAAAUCUUCCGUACGCGGGGUUCAGGUGGAUAGACGAGGACCAUGAAACGGUUUUGAAAAGAGUGCGGGAGAUGGACGAAGACUCGGACAUUGGGCUCGCACUGGAAGUAACAGUAACGUAUCCGGAAGGAAAGCACGACAUGCAUAAUGAAAUGCCUUUUCUACCCGAAAACAGAAUACCCCCAAAUUCUAAAGCGAAAAAAUUACUUUCAACUUUAGAAACUAAAGAGCAUUAUGUCGUGCACUAUUUGAAUUUACAGCAAGCGAUGGAAAACGGUCUUAAAGUUGAAAAGGUGCACAAAGUUUUAGAAUUUAAACAGUCCAGAUGGCUUUCCAAGUACAUCAAAUUAAACACGGAAAUGCGGCAGGCGGCUACUAACGAUUUCGAAAAAGAUUUUUUCAAAUUAAUGAAUAAUUCUGUUUUUGGUAAGUGUAUGGAACGCGUUGAAUUCAGAAAAAAGAUGGAACUCGUGUGCGAUCCUAAACGUGCCGCUAAAUUGAUUAAAAAGCACACUUUCAACCAUUGUGUCACGUACAAGGAAAAUCUUUCAAUAUUCGUAUUGGACAAUAAAAUUAUUCAUUUUACAAAACCGGUGUACGCGGGAUUCUGUAUACUGGACAUUUCAAAAACUUUGGUGUACGAUUUCCAUUAUAAUUAUAUGAAAAAACAUUUUAAAGAUCGUAUUAUGCUGAUGUACGGCGAUACGGAUUCUCUAGUGUACUAUGUGUUGACCGAAAAUUUUUAUGCGGAGAUCAAAGAACACCCCGAGUUGAUGGAGCGUUUUGACACAUCGUCAUUACCAAAAGAUCAUUUCUGCUAUUCGGCCGCCCGCAAAAAAGUACCGGGUCUCUGGUCGGACGAGUGUGGUGGCAAGGCAAUACUGGAGUUUGUGAGUCUGAGAACGAAAGCGUAUGGUUUCGAUGUUGAGGGGACUGAAAAAUCAAAGCCAAGGGGAUAAGAAG